AGACUGGAGGCCGCGUUUUCUACGGUUUGUCCCAACCAGGCAUCUGUAGUUCACGUCGUUAUUGUCCAGUUAUACUGUCAUGGGUCAAGUGUUCAUCAGAGUGAUGGCCCAGGGGAAGAUGGCCUACAUUUGAAAAUCGCUGACAAAAGGGGGGAUUUCAGUUGCAUUUUAAAAUAGGUUUGGUUUAUUGUACACGUUCUGUAAGGCAGACCUGCUGUUUUAACUCAAAAGGCUUUUUUCCUUAUCUUCCCACGUCCAAAACACGAUGAAUCUUCCUCCAGACAAGGUGAAGAUCCUCAGCCAGUAUGACAGCGAGAAGAAGUGGGAGCUGAUCUGCGACCAGGAGCGCUUUCAAGUGAAGAAUCCACCAUCCGCAUAUUUGGAGAAGCUGAAGAGUUUUCUGGAUCACGGCGGAGUCGGUCGAAAGUUUAAGAGACGUGUGCAGGAGUCCACGCAGGUCCUAAGAGAGCUGGAGAUCUCCCUGAGGACCAAUCACAUCGGCUGGGCUCAGGAGUUCCUCAGCAAUGAAAACCAAGGCUUAAAUGUUCUGGUGGAUUAUCUGUCCUUUGCCCAUAGCGCUGCCACGUAUGAUGCGGACGCUGCGGACAGUGACUCGCUGCCCACAAACAAAGGCAGACCUAUGGACAAGUCAGUGGAGGAUCUGAGCAGAAGUGCCAGCAGCUCACCUUCUCACAGUGCCUCGAAGAGCAGCAAGUCCUUCACGGGCAGAUUCAACUCUCUCCAAAACAGGAAAGCCCAGAGGGGUUCACGUGUCCUGGGCCAGAAAGAUGACGUCCACCUCUGCAUCAUGUGCUUACGUGCCAUCAUGAACUAUCAGUCUGGGUUCAACCUGGUGAUGAAGCAUCCCUGCUGUGUCAACGAGAUCACACUCAGCCUCAACAACAGAAACCCAAGGACCAAGGCGCUGGUGCUGGAGCUGUUGGCUGCUGUAUGCUUGGUGAGGGGAGGCCACGACAUCAUCCUCUCUGCCUUUGACAACUUUAAAGAGGUGUGUGGAGAGAAAAGUCGCUUUGAGAAGCUCAUGGAGUUUUUCCGCAACGAAGACAGCAACAUCGACUUCAUGGUGGCCUGCAUGCAGUUCAUCAACAUUGUGGUGCACUCGGUGGAAAACAUGAACUUCAGGGUCCACCUGCAGUACGAGUUCACGCAACACGGGCUGGAUGACUACCUGGAGAAGCUGAAGUGCACGGAGAGCGACAGGCUGCUGGUGCAGAUUCAGGCCUAUCUGGACAAUGUGUUUGAUGUGGGAGCUUUGCUGGAGGAUGCAGAGACCAAGAACACUCUGCUGGAGCAGAUGGAGGAGCUGGAGGAGCACAACACACAGCUGAGCAGCAGGCUUCAGGAGAGCGAGCGCGAGGCGAUGGAGAAAGUCUCCGAGCUGGAGAAGAAGCUCAUUCAGAGCACAAAGGAAGUGGAACUCCUGAAGGAGAGUCUACGUGAGUAUUGCUCUAAGGUGACUCUGCUGCAGCAGCGAGAGCGAGAGAGAGACCUGGAAAGAGAGAGAAAGAGAGACGAGGACAGAUCCACACAGGCCCUGAGGGAGCUGGAGCUCAAGGUUCAGGCUCUGGCGGAGCAGGGGCUCGUCCGCAUGGAGCGCUCUUCAUCAGGACACCUAGACAUUCAGGUGGUCCCCAUCAUCCAGAACGUGACGCAGAAAGGUGGUGGUGAUGACUGUCAGGCCCCGCCCACGUCCUCAGGUUCUCUGCCUCAUCUCUCUGAAGGCCCUGUGCGGUCGGCGACGGCACAAGCCCCUCCACCUCCCCCGCCUCCUCCUCUAGGCUUAUCUAAAGCUCCUCCUCCUCCACCUACAGCUCCACCCCCACUGCUGCCUCCGGCAGGUGGGACAGCCCUUCUGUUGGUGAGCUCAGGUUGGAAACAGAAGAAGCCCGUUAAGACCAAAUACCACCUGCCGCUGUUCAACUGGCAGGCCCUGAAGUCCAGCCAGGUGGCAGGAACCAUCUUCAGCGAGCUGGAUGACGAGCGCGUCUUAGAGGAGGUAAACAUGGCUGCUUUUGAGGAGCAGUUCAAAACCAAGGCCCAGUCCGCCCCUCUAGACCUGGGUACCCUCAAGAUGAAACUGGCCCACAAAACCCCCAGUAAGGUGUCUCUAAUGGAGGCCAACAGGGCCAAAAACCUGGCUAUCACCCUGCGCAAGGAAGGAAUGGCUGCGUCUGAUAUCUGCUGUGCCAUCGAGACGUACAACCAGAAAGCUCUGAGUCUGGACUUUCUCCAGCUCCUGGAGCGCUUCAUCCCCACGGAGUAUGAAAUGAAGCUCAUCCACAACUACGAGUGUGACGGCCGGCCCCUAGACGAGCUCACUGAGGAGGACCGCUUCAUGGUGCGCUUCAGUAAGAUCCCGCGGCUUUCCCAGCGCAUCAGCACGCUCUCCUUCAUGGGCAGUUUCCCUGAGAGCAUCCAGCUAAUACAGCCUCAACUGAACGCCAUCAUCGCUGCCUCCAUGUCGAUCAGAUCUUCAAGCAAACUGAAGAAAAUCCUUGAGAUCAUCUUAGCGUUUGGAAACUACAUGAACAGCAGCAAGCGAGGGGCGGUGUAUGGCUUCCGCCUGCAGAGCUUAGACCUGCUGCUGGACACCAAGUCCACAGACCGUAAGCAGACGCUGCUGCACUUCAUCGUCAAUGUCAUCCAGGAGAAAUACCCCGAGGCCCAGGCCUUCUACACGGAGCUGCACUUCCUGGACAAGGCAGCGCUGGUUUCCCUUGACAGUAUUGUGCAGGAUGUGCACGCUCUGGAGUGCAGUAUGGAGGUGACCAGGAGGGAGUUCUCUGUCGAAAAACACAAUCCCGUGCUGCAGACGUUUCUCAGCAGCAACACAGAGCUGCUCAACUCUCUCCUAGCUGAUGGAAAAACAGCCCAGGAUGUGUACGAGUCUGUUGUGGAGUACUUCGGCGAGAACUCUAAAACCACUCCGCCAUCCAUGUUCUUCCCUGUUUUUGUCAGAUUCAUCAAGGUGUACAAGCAAGCAGAGCAGGAGAACGAGCAGAGGAGGAAACAUACCCUCAACUGUGAAGCUCCGCCCAUCCCACCUAAACAUGAACUCAUGGGGAACAAGGGGUCCAGGCUGCUACAGAUGGAUCUGAUUGCAGAGCUGAAGAAGCGGCAGGUGUCUCCUCUGGUGAGGGAGGGGAAGGACGGAGCCAUUGAGGACAUCAUCACUGCUCUCAAGUCUGUGCCCUUCACAGCUCGCUCUGCCAAACGCUCCUCUCGUCUCUGCUGCGACUCCGUCUUCACUGAUGAGAUUUGAGGAACCAGCCGUACCGACGGGCAGACGGCGGCCGACGCAGCGCCAAAUGGAAACCAGGACAGCAGCUGCACGUGUCCUCGGACAUCUC